GCAGGCACCAUGAGCUCCCCAGAAGGGCCAAGCUUCCCGUCGGGGCUGCUCUCGGGGGGCGCCUCCCCCAGUGGUGAUGAGGGUUUCUUCCCCUUCGUGCUGGAGCGGCGGGACUCAUUUCUGGGAGGUGGCCCAGGGCCUGAGGAGCCUGAGGACCUGGCCCUGCAGCUGCAACAGAAGGAGAAGGACCUGCUGUUGGCCGCGGAGCUUGGCAAGAUGCUUCUGGAGCGAAAUGAGGAGCUGCAGAGGCAGCUGGAGAUGCUGAGCACCCAGCACUCUGAGCGUGAGGAACAGCUACAGCAGGAGAACCAUGAGCUCCGCCGGGGCCUGGCAGCACGGGGAGCCGAAUGGGAGGCCAGGGCUGUGGAGCUGGAAGGGGACGUGGAGGCCCUGAGGGCCCAGCUAGGAGAGCAGCGCUCAGAGCAGCAGGACAGUGGGCGCGAGCGGGCACGAGCCCUCAGUGAACUCAGCGAGCAGAACCUUCGGCUCAGCCAGCAACUGGCCCAGGCCUCCCAGACUGAGCAGGGACUUCAGAAGGAACUGGAUGCCCUUCGGGGGCAGUGCCAGACUCAGGCCCUGGCUGGAGCAGAGCUGAGAACACGGCUGGAGAGUCUGCAGGGUGAAAACCAGAUGCUGCAGAGCCGACGGCAGGACCUGGAAGCCCAGAUCCGAGGCCUGCGUGAGGAAGUGGAGAAGGGUCAGGGCAGGCUACAGGCAACCCACGAGGAGCUGUUGCUACUGCGGCGUGAGAGGAGGGAACACAGCCUGGAGCUGGAACGUGCGCGCUCCGAGGCCGGGGAGGCGCUGAGCACGCUGCGGAGGUUGCAGAGGCGCGUCUCGGAGCUGGAAGAGAAUUCGCGCCUCCAGGACGCUGACAUGUCGGGAACCUCACUGCAGUCAGAACUUGCCGAUAGCUUUGACGGUGAUCAGCACCAAAACGCAGAUGGACGCAGAAAUUCCGUGACCGCUAUGUCCCCGGAGACCCAAGAGAUGUCCAAUCACCAGCCUUUGCCCCAGGAGGAGAGCUUGGAGCCUCCCAAGAAGCGAGCAUCCCUGAGCCCAGGGGAAAUACUGGAGGAGAAGGAGGCGGAAAUGGCCCAGCUGCAGGAUGAGGUCGAGCUGCAGCGGGCAGAGCUACAGUCCCUGCGGGAGGAGAUGCAAAGGCAGAAGGAGCUGCGAGAGCAGGAGGACCUCGAGGAGGCCCUAAGCAGCGCCCUCUCUGAUAGGGAGGAGGCAGUGAAUAAGGCCCUGGAACUGUCCCUGGAGCUCAGCCGCGUCUCUCUGGAGCGGGACUCUCUUUCCCGGGAGCUGCUUCGCACCAUCCGCCAGAAGGUGGCGCUGACACAAGAGCUGGAGGCCUGGCAGGACGACAUGCAAGUGGUGAUUGGGCAGCAGCUGCGCUCCCAACGCCAGAAAGAGCUGAGCGCAGCAGGAUCAGCUCCGCGGCGCCCUGCUCCCCGCUUCUCGCUGCGCCGGGGUCCUGGGCCCGCCGGCGGCUUCUUCAGCAAUCUCUUCCGAAGGACCUGAGAGCCUGGCCAAGGGGCCUGUCCUUGACCUCUCGGGCUCACUUUCCUCUUCUGGCCAAUGGAGCAACAGGGCCCCCAUUGUCUUCCAAGGGAGGUUGGGCAGGGGCCAGCUUUGGGGACUAGGGGCCCCAGGUGGGUGGCGGGGCAAGGUGAGGCAGAA